UGUCUUGGGUAAACAAGGUGAAAUGGAUACUGGCUAUCAGACAUUUACAUUUGUAGGACGAAAGGAAGAGAUCAGAACUUUUAAUGAACAUUUGACACAAUAUAAACUUAUUGGAUUAUUUGGAUUAAGAGCUGUCGGAAAAUCAUGUUUCAUCCACGAAGUCUUGAAACUGAAAGAAGAAUAUCAUCAAAUACUGAACCUGAAAACAGUUCAACAUGUUGAAGAUAUUUACAGCAUUAUUUGUGCUUCAUUACAUUCUCAACCAUUUCCACUCUCAAGUGAACGAUCAUGGAUAGUACAUCUAAUCGAUUUAAUAAAUAACCUAUCAGAUUGUGUGCUAGUGUUUGACAAUGCCGAGAAUGUCAUAGAGGGUCAUCAUUGUGACACGUUUCUAUAUCUUUGCUCAGAAUUAACUCAACAAUGUGACCACACGAAAGUUGUGAUAACAUCGACCACGCGGGUUGAUUUUCCAUCUUUGCGCACGUCGUAUUUCGUCCAUGAGUUGAAGCCACUUUCUCAUGAUGAUUCAAAAACACUCUUCAAUGCUGUUGCUCCAACGGUUUCAUUGGCAAUGUUCGAAAAUGCCAUUCUAGACCUAAGUGAAGGUCUUCCAUUGCUCAUUAUCGUCAUAGCAGGGGCGCUUGAACAAGAGAAAGAUCUUAUAACUGUCGAAGAUAUGGUGGAACUCUUGCUAGAGAGUCGACUAGAGACUUUGUGUACUGAAUCUGGUACAGGCAGUCUGCAUGUAGAUCGGGUCUAUAAGCACUUUGUGUUUCGCUUGGAUGAAAAGCUCCGAGAACACCUCGCAUUAUUGAACUACAUCCCCGGAUCGUUCACAGGCGACCAGGCAGCACAGAUGUUAGUUUCAGACUAUGGGUCCAGUGCAAAGGCAAAGUGGAAAGCAAUAAGGCCAAUCAGAAUCAGACAUAUGCUCAACUUCGAUGCAGACCGCAAACGAUUUGACAUCCAGGGCAUUAUACGAGAGAUUGUGAAAGCGGAAAUAGUAAUCAAAGACAUGCCCGGUGUUCGGAAACGAUACUGUGAGAUUUAUUCAGCGGUGAUGAAGGAGAUUUCGAGGAACAUGGAAGGCACCGAUUUCGUCCAAGCUAUGGAAGAGUUUUCAGUAGAACAGCCUAACUUGAGCAAGCUAUUGCACGAGGUGCACAACACCCAGGAGGAUACCUAUCAUUUCUUUAUAGAGAUGGCGGAGUCGUGUACUGAACUCAUUGAGAUCUAUAUGGCGAGGGACAGUCAGCUAUUCUACGACGGUUGUUUAAAACUCGCGGAUCGGUACAAACGGGACAUAGACAAAGCAAGUGUAAACCUUGCGGUUGGCAGCAUGGAAACACAGUCCAAGGGUGAAUUUCAAAAAGGUUUGGAGAAGUAUGAAGCAGCACGUACUGUGUUGGAAAAAGAGGGACCGAGUUUAAAACUUGCAACGCUAUAUCAAAAAAUGGGCUGGAACGUGUUCAAGCAAGGAAACAUUGUGGACAGCAUCACAUACUACAAAAAGUCCCUGGCCAUUUCAGCAACACGUGGCAAGAACUAUGCCAGUGUGACGCUCUACACAAUGAGUCUGACUGGGGCGGCAUAUGUUGUUUUAGGACAAUAUGAUAUCGGGGAGAAAUACCAUAAUAGUUGCUUAAAGCGCAUCGAACAGUUGCACGGCAGAAUAAACCCUAAAGUUGGCGUAGAACUGAACAGGAUAGGUGUCUUGCAUGACCAAAGAGGCGAUACAUUGACAGCGCUUGAAUACUUUCUUAGAGGUCUCGACGUCAAAAGGCGCUCAAACGCGGCUCAUUAUUCGGUCGCGUUUUCUCUUAGCAACAUAGCAAACAGCUAUAACACUCUAAAAAGAUGGGACGAGGCUCAUGAUAAGGUGGAUGAGGCCUUUGAAAUACUUGAGAAACAUCCCGUCCCACACAUGGAUGCGUUGUCAUUGAUGUACAACACGAGAGGAAAGACAUACUCGAAGCAAGAAAGGUGGCCAGAUGCCGAAGUGGCGUUCCGGAAAUGUGUCGAGAUAACAAGGAAAGUUGACGAUAAAAGUUACAUCUUCAUGAAAAGAUUAGUGAAUCUGGCAGAGGUGCAAGAAAAACGCAAUCGCCUACAAGCAUGCCUGCAAACGGCAAAUCAAGCGCACGCUUUGUCCGCGAGUAUCAUUAAGGCGGUACCACAUGUUUUUAUAAUAAUGGAGUGUUUACAGUGUAUGUGUAGGGUGUACAAAAUGUUGGGUAAACAGGAUCAAUUCAUUGAAAGUCUAAAGGAAAUGGAAAUGGAAUGUUUCAGGCUAAAGAACGUUUACACAGAACUUGAAAACCAAAUCAAACAGGAGCAGAUUGUAAAGUUCAUUGAAGAUGUGAAGAAGAUGUGGAUGGAAGUAAGAAACGAAAAAUUACAGUGACGACUUGAAUUGCAAACUACACUUAGUUGUUGUCGGUCCAUUUGACAGAUCCAAGGUGGGAAUAUUGCGGUAUAUGGUAGCAAUUCAGUUUUAAUUACCGUUAUGUUUGUGCUUGAAACAACAAAAAUACGAUUCAGAUGUAAAAUAUGCAAAUACUUGUGUUUUGAACUCGGUGUGUUUAGAACAAUCAUGAUUUUAACAAAUGGUUUCGCCUAAGGAUUUCUUUGUAAUAUUGUAAGCGCCUGUUUAUGCGUCUGACAGACGAAUGAAAACCUGACGUCUUCCUUUUGGUAUGUACAUGGUCAAGAUAGAUUUGCUUGUCGCGGAUGUUUUUGACAACUUAUUGUAGCAAUUUGACAACUUAUUGUAGCAAUUUAUGCAAAAAAUUAUAUCAUGAACGGCUUUAUCUGUGACCAGCAAAUGUUCAGUGAAAAAAAGAAACGCAAGUCGUUAAGCAGAAUUGAACAUAUGUAUCAAAAUCUAGCGCGAAAUCCUUCACUUAAGCCUAUAGACUCAAGAGAAAUGCAACAAAGAAACUUGAUAAUCUAUAUUCUUGUGUACAUGUAUCGAUAGUAAAAUGUGAAUGUGUUGUUUCUGCUUACUUUUGCAUAUCAAGUGCAACAUGUUCUUGCUCAACUCUUGAUAUAUAUGUAUGCAAGUGUCGUUUUCUUCCAUAAACAUAAUAAAACCUAUUGCAGACAGUUUAUGCACUGAAAUGUGUUUACCAUGCAAGUCCUAAAAACCAGACACAGAUGGACUCGUUCAUGACUCGUUUAAAAAAUACUCGUACUAAUUUGUUUACUGUGUUACUUUACUGCUGUUUUUGUCUUUGUAUCAUUUACACAUUUUGUUUACUAACACACUUUUUGAAUGAAUGGAAACAAAACACAAAAUGUUUGAUAGUAACUUGCUUUAAUUCACCAUUAAAUGUGUAUUAUUUUACCAUCAUAUUGGAUAAUAUUUUGGGUAAAACACACGUUAUGUGGGUUAUUACAUAAGUUGCAAUGAACAUCUUUAACAGGGUUAUGGAUCAAUGUAAAAUCUCCGUAAAUAAACAUGUCCUGACAUACAUUUUAACAUAUGAACACAUUUCCUUUAAAUGUUUCAUUAAAUUGUCGUUGAUCUUUCUUCAUUUGACAUGGCAUACCCUAAAAUAUUUAUUUUCAUUACAACAAUACGGCACAAAUAAUCACUAUUAAAACGCAUAACAAAAAACACUGUUAAGCUCAUUUCAUACAGACACAACAUUAAAUUUGUAUUUGACAGCACUUCAAUCUCUUAUAUUUAAAAAAAAAGAUCAUUAAAACAAAUGUCUCGCUUCAAAUCUUCUAUAUAACAGGAUUCUUAGUUUUAAAAAUAACUGUGUAAGAUUAAAUGUCUCAAUGAACAAAUCAGCAGGUAUUUUAAUAAAACAGUACAAAAAAGAGAAAAGACACUGGACAACAAAAUUGAAUACCUGAUGAAAAGUCGUCAUCACCAUUAAAUAAAAGCGUUCUUCCAAAUAACACAGGCAGAAUAGUUUGAAAUAACAUGAAUUAAGAAAUUAUUAUCCGGCACAGCCCAUUUCCAUAAAGCUCCUUAAACAACUCAUUAUUAACAAGAGAUGUGUUUGUCAGAAACACAAUGCCCCCUAUUGCGC